UCUUCCUCUCCAACCUAAAAGCUUAUUUUAUGCUACCUUCGUGCAUAUCCUUCUCGCGCGAGGAUAAGAACGGAGACGAUGACCAGCGUACGCUGCGGCGCCCUACCUCAUUAAGAAGCAUGCGCUGCAGUGUCUGCACGCAAAAGAAACAACCAUGGGUUCUCUGAUGGCAGGAUGGAGUUCUCCGUUUCAGGAUCCUAACCAUGUCAAGGUUCAGAGGAACAGAUCACUCACCAGAGGAGAGAUCGAUGCAUUCUGGAAAGAAAAGAAGUCCAAGGAAGAAUAUGUGGGCGCAGUCAACGGUAUUGUGGAUAGUAAUCAGGAGAACAUAAACAUAGGGUCCAGCGAAAUGCUACAACCAUCAGGGGAUCUGCCACUGCGUGAUAGGAAGCAGAGCAUUCUGAACAGUAGCUCCAAAUCCGACGCUGACAUCCUUAAGACAAAUUGCUGGUGGACAAGGAGCAGUUAUGCGUUUCUAAAUGCAAUUCCUGUAACGUCCAUGGAAGGUCCUUCUUACAAAUAUGCGUCACAGUACCCUGCGUCAGACUUAUGCUUAGCAAACCGUGCAGCCUAUACAUAUUAUUAGACAACUACUUUGUAGGUCACUAACGAGGUGGUGGGUGUGGUGUGUGUUUGGAUGAUACAAUGAACAUGAAAAGUGUA